AUGAGAUCCGUCCUAGUCCUGCUGGUCGCUGCCACCGCUGUGCAAGGAUUCGGCAUCAACCGAGGAUUGGAUGCGAGCCUAGCUCAAGCUCAAGCACAGGCGCAAGCAGCAGGGUUGGGACUCGGUGGUGGACUUCUGGGAGGAGGAGCAGGGCUGAGUGCUGCUCAGGCACAGGCGCAGGCACAGGCUGCCGGCCUGGGCAGCGGCUACCACGGCAUCUGGAAGCGGCACGCCCUCUACGGCUUGGGUCUGACUGACUCCCUUGCCCAGGCUCAGGCCCAGGCACAGGCCGCUGGGCUCGGGGGCGGUUACUACGGUGGGGGUGGUGCUGCCCUCAGCCAGGCUCAAGCACAGGCCCAGGCUGCCGGGCUGGGCGGCGGCUACCACGGCAUCUGGAAGCGGCACGCCCUCUACGGCUUGGGUCUGACUGACUCCCUUGCCCAGGCACAGGCCCAGGCACAGGCCGCUGGGCUCGGGGGCGGUUACUACGGUGGGGGUGGUGCUGCCCUCAGCCAGGCACAGGCGCAGGCCCAGGCUGCCGGCCUGGGCGGCGGCUACCACGGCAUCUGGAAGCGGCACGCCCUCUACGGCUUGGGUCUGACUGACUCCCCUGCCCAGGCACAGGCCCAGGCACAGGCUGCUGGGCUCGGGGGCGGUUACUACGGUGGUGGCGGCGCAGCGCUCAGCCAGGCACAAGCCCAGGCACAAGCUGCUGCAGUGGGGCUCGACUACUAA